AGCUCAUCGCUCUCUCCCUCAUAUGACCCCCACCAGGCUCGGGGAGCAGAGAAACCAAGGCUAGUGAACCAUCUAAAGACCGCUAUGGGGGUUCGAUUUUGUAAAGACGGCAAUCUCGUUUUAAUUGAGGUCGUGUACGAAGAAGACAUUCAGUUGGUGAUGUUACCAGAAGAAGAGCCGCCGCCCCCACCGCCGCGAGGAAGAACGAGAGCGGCCAGGAAGAUCCAGGCCUGGUGGCGGGGCCAGCUGGUGCGCCGGGCGCUGCUGCACGCGGCGCUGCGGGCCUGGAUCAUCCAGCGCUGGUGGCGGCAGGCGCUGGAGCAGCUGCUGCAGAGGAAGCGGCGGGAGGCGCUGGUCAGCUUCGCCAUCAGGGAGCGGGCGGUGGUCAAGCUCCAGUCUUUGGUCCGCAUGUGGCGCGUCCACUGGCGCUACACCCAGGUGCUCAGCGCCAUCUACCUCAUCCGCUGCCACUGGCUGAGCCACCGCUGCCAGACCUGUGCGCUCCUCCGGGGACACUGCGUGGUCACGGCCACCCACCUGCAGUUCCACAUCGAGAUCACCAACCCCUGAGGCCGGGGGCAGGGGCACGGACCCUCGGUCCCCAGUAAAGGUCUGAGCUGA